UUCUAAAACAAUAACCUCUGUGUUAAACAAACCAGAGGAAAGACCUACGAAGGCAGCAGUCCCACCAGUAAAGCAAAGGAGAAAUCCAUUUAAUUCCACUGCAUCAGGUGAUGACUUGAACAGCGGGGAAUCAGAAGACAGACCAACCACUCUACCUCAGCUAUCAAAGAAGGAAAUUUUGUCACUCUCAGAAGAGAGCCAACCUAAACCAAACUUACAAAAUUAUGAAACAGAGAAACACGAGAAGCCUUCUGUAGAACCUACUGAUGAAUCACAGAAAGAACUAGUUAAGCGUCCUGUCCCAAAAGCUAGAAAAUUAAUUCACAAAGCAACAGAUCCUGUGUCACAAAGAGAAGACUUUGUUCCAAAACCAGCCACACAGACAGAGAGGAUUAAUGGCAUUGGUACACCACCCAGGGGCAUUCUGAAGCGCAGUUCGAGUUCAAGUUCCACUGACUCGGAAGUACGUAUUAGUCAGAUGUUAGAUGUUCAGAAAAAGAACGCUCAUCCUACUGCAACUAUUUUUGAAGGAGAAACUGAGAAGAACUCCCUUACGAAAGAAGUGGAAGACUCUACACAAAUUUCACUGGAAAAACUAAAACAAGUGAGGUUCUCAUCUGGCACAGGUAAAGGAGAACCUCUGCAAAGCCCACAGCUACACCAUGGUAGAGAAAAAGGAGAGUUUGAUUUGUUAGAAUCUGAUGAAAUAAAGAGUAGUGGAAAUGAUGCUAUUAGAUCAGAUUCAUUUGGGAAUAAGCAAAUCUCUGGUGUAAAGCCUUUGGGAACCUAUUCAUCAGCUUUAGAAGUAAAAACAAUAGAUGGCUUACAAGAUGAUACAUCAGCAUCCAAUCCUUGUGACACUAAGAGGUCAGUCUUCCUGGUUAAUGAAGCCUUGCAGACAAAGACAGUUACUCCUCAGAAACUUGAAACUCCACAGAAGACCUUCAGCAAUACCCUGCCAAAUAGCAGUAAUGAACUGAAUGCUGAUGAGACAUGUGAAAAUAAAGCCAACCAGUUCUUGAGCCAUGAAUCAAAGUCACACAAAAACUUUACUGAUGAACAUCAGCUUUCUGCUAAGACAGAAGCACAUGAGGUGUCAAAUACCAAUUCUACAAGUCUUCAACAAGGUUCAGAAGAAGAAUUAAACCCAGUUUUGAUGGCUUUGAAAAGGAGUGCAGAUAGGAAAAUGCCUUCCAAAAGUCUAGAGGACAUUCCAUCAGCCACUUCAAAUAAAGGAAAAAUAAAUAAUCCAAAGGAAGAAUUAGCUCUUAGUGCUGAAGAUGGUCCAAAACCUGAUCAACAUCAAGAGAGGAAUGAAAAUGCAGCAGGAAUUUCCACAGUGCCUUCACAGCCUGAUAAGCUGUCUUCCAACCCUGAAAAACUCAAAGGACUGAGCAAGUCAGUACCAUCAUUCCUACAGGAAGAGAGUGAUGACAGAGAGACAGAUACAGCAUCAGAAAGCAGUUAUUCCCUUGGCAGAAUCAAGAAGAGUCCCAGCUCUCUAACCAAUCUUAGCAGCUCUUCUGGCAUGGCCUCCUUAUCCUCUGUGAGCGGAAGUCUAAUGAGCAUCUAUAGUGCAGACUUUGGCAAUGUCGAUGUGAAGGGAAACAUUCAGUUUGCUAUUGAUUAUGUAGAACAGCUGAAUGAGCUCCACAUUUUUAUUUGCCAGUGUAAAGACCUGGCAGUGGCAGAUGUGAAGCGACAGCGUUCAGACCCGUAUGUAAAGACCUACCUGCUUCCAGAGAAAUACAAGCUGGGCAAACGGAAGACCUCUGUCAAAAAGAAAACUUUUAAUCCAGUCUAUAAUGAAAUACUGCGGUAUAAAAUUGAGAAGGAUCUCCUAAAGAACCAAAGCCUUAAUAUCUCUGUCUGGCACAAUGAUACCUUUGGGAGGAAUAGCUUCCUUGGUGAAGUGGAGCUGGAUUUAGGAACUUGGGACUGGAAUGAUAAAACCAACAAGCAGAUCAACUGGUUUCCACUCAAGCCAAGGACUUCAACAAUGGCUUUUAAACUAGAAAACAGAGCGGAGAUGAAACUAGCCCUCCAGUAUGUCCCGCACCCUGUUGGAG